AUGCAGGCCAGCGUUGCUGAAGUCACGGUGGCCAUGGUGACCCAUGGAGCCAGGCGCAUGAAAUGGAACAGGGACUGUCGCGGCGGUCAGCGUGGGGCUGGGAGUGGUGGCCAGGGGAGGCAAGAGCUCCGCAAGCGGAGCCCAGGCUGGGCAGUGGGCACCUGCAGGGACACCCAUGCCUGCAGUGUCCCCUUCUUCCCCAAGGCCUCCAGCCCUGCCCAUCAGCCAGCUGGGCAGGGACAGACAGGCCGCUGGGGGCAAUCCCUCAGGGACGCGUGCCCCAGCCCCGCAGAGGUGCUCAUUCCGGGGCCACUUGCUCUCUCCCCUCCAGCAUGCAUGCUGUGUCGCGGGGCAGACGCUGACCCGGAUAUCUGCGGGCGCAAGCUGGAGAAACAAGGGCUCUGUCUCCAUGAGUUUUGCCUGUUUUUUGCCAACAACCUUCGUCAGCAUCGAGUCGAGGAAUUAGGACUCUUGGGAUUUCUCCCGGAAGAUAUUCGACGUACAGUUGACUGGGCAGCACAGAAGGACUGCUUUGUCUGUGGCGAGACCGGGGCCACCAUCACCUGCCGGGAGAUGAGCUGCGAGCGCAGAUUCCAUCUCCCCUGUGCUGUGGAGGGUGGAUGCGUCACCCAGUUCUCUUUUCAGUACAGGUCCUUCUGCUGGCAGCACUGCCCAGAGCAGGCAGUGGAGGCGGCCCCAGAGGCAAAUACCACCUGCCUCAUCUGCCUGGAGCCUGUGGCGGACAAGAAGUCCUACGGCACCAUGGUGUGCCCAGCGUGCAAGCACGCCUGGUUCCACAGAGGCUGCAUCCAGGGACAAGCUCUGCGUGACGGCAUUGCUUGUUUCCGGUGCCCUCUGUGCAGGGACAGGGAUGCAUUUCCCUCAGAAAUGCUCACCAUGGGGAUCCGAAUCCCCUUCAGACUGCCAUCACGGGAAAUCCGUGCAGAGGAGGCACUGCUUGCACGGCACAGCCGCUGCGAUGCCAGUGGGUGCCUUUGUCCAGGAGGCAGGCAGCAGGCAGACGAAGAGGGGCCAUGGGAACUGCUCCUGUGCUCCUCCUGCGCUGCCGAGAGCACCCACAGGCAAUGCUCCUCUUUGAGCAGCAGCGCAGCCAGCUGGGAGUGCGACAGCUGUGCUGGCCUGGGCACCGCCUCCGGUGCCACCUCGCAGCUCGCCAGCCCCAGCACCUCCAGCCGGGCCGUGUCAGCAUCCUCCAGCGACUCUCCAGCACUUGAGGGCAGUAGCCAUCCAAACGCCCCUGGGCCCAUGUCUGUGCGACAGCGCUCCUGCUUCAGCUGGCCCAGAAGAGCUCGUGAGAGCAGCCACACACCCGCACCAAGUGCUGAGAGCGGAACCCCCAGCCAGAAGAACCCCCUGAGAGCAACCAUGCGCCAGCACCACAGCUUGCUGGAACCUGAGAGCAGCGCCCCUGCACCGCCAGCCAGGUGGCAUCGCGGCUGUCCCAGAGCUCCCUGGCACCAGACCAGCAUCCCCAGCCAGGCAGCAUCAGGGCCGUCCCCACGACCCUCCAGCGCUUCAGGACAGCAGAUGCUCCAGCCCACCUGGGCCCAACUGCAUGUGAAGCCGUAUGCGCCGAGUGCUGAGAGCAGCAGCCACAGCCAUGUGCUGGGGCCAUCCCACGGCUCGCUGGUACUCGAGACCAGCAGCCGCAGCACCGCCAGCCAGCGGCCAUCAGGGUCUUCUUGUGGCUCCCCAGCACUUCAGGGCAGCAGCCAUUCCAGCCUCCCUGGGCCUGAGCAGCUGGAAGACUGA